AUGGGCAAAAAGAGUAAAUCAAAAACUCCCGCAGAGAUGCAAGAUAAUAUAGCUGUUGGUAUCGGUGGCAGCUUCUUAGGUCCUCUUCAAACAGAUCCAGAGGCUAUCGAAACAGCAAGGGGAAGGCAACUGCAUUUUCUUGGUAGUUGGGUUAAAGGAAUGGAGUAUAUCCCUGUGCUUACUUAUAAACUUAUGAAAAGAAACAAUUUUGCCAAACCUGAUAAAUUCCCUUUGCUCAUCGGAUGGGGAGAAGUGUACAAGCAAAAGCUGGAAAGCAAGUACAGGGCUUCUAUGGAAGAGUAUGUUGAUGUGCUGAAGAAUAUUGAAGAGGUUACGUGGCAGCCAUAUGCAAGGCUUACUGAGUCCUUCUUGCCGGAUUGGUUAAAACCUCAGUUGAUCAUGCGUUUAAGUAGAACAGUCAUGAUCUGUUUUAACUACGUGGCGUACCAUCGCCCGGACAAGUGCAUAAAGAAGUUUGGCUUCCACAAAAUUGAUUUGAGUGCUUGCGGCCAGGUGAAGCGAUACCAAACAAAAGCUAUGAGUGGGCCAGAGCAAGUAGAUUAUUCUACGAAACAAUACGUACUGGAUUGGGAGUGUAGACAUAUAUAUUUGAUACAAUGCAUUGAUGUUCUGCCCAACUCUCCAACACCUGAUUUGGAUGAACCCAAUCCCAACAGUUUUGCCAUGCGCAGCUCUACAACACCUGAGGAUGCACCUGCACCUGGACAGACUGCCACUCCUGCUUCUUCUGCCUUCAUGGCCGCUCCCUUUGGACACACACCCACUCCCUCUCUAAUUGAAAAAGAUGGAGGGUCAGAGGCUCAAGUUAACAUAGAGGAUGAAGAGUUCUUCCAAUUCUUAACAGCUUGUAUUACCCAAAUUACUCAAGCUGUGCAGACCCCGCCUUCACAGCUUGUAUUUUCAGUCAUAGACCAGGAGGCAGAGCCCUCCACCUUGCCUAGGCCAGUUCUGCAGCAUAGUUCUACUGCUGACCAGUCAACAUCUCAUCAGGCAUCUCCAUCAUGCAAUCCUCUGCUUCCGGCAUCUCAAGAUCAACAAUCUGCUGCAGCACCAGCAGACGUUGCAGAAGCGGCAAAACCUCCAGUCAUCAAUUCAUCGCCUUUCAUAGCUACCAACUCAAAAUCUGAAGACAACCCAUCAUCACAGUCGCCUCAACUUGAAACCCCAAUUGGUUGGCCUCCCAAUGGCAAGCUUACCUUCUGA